AUGAGUGAGAUCCGAUCAGGGAAGGUGUCGGUACGUAGGUACCGUAAAUGCAGGAAACACCCCAAAGAGGAUGAGGAGUGCUUCUGUUCCGACUGCAGGAGAUUUGUCUGCUUCAGAUGUGUUGUCAUGGAGCAUUCCAACGAAGGACAUCGGGUUAUUGAGGCAGUUGCUUAUAAAAGUAACCAUAUGAGGAGUAUCGAGGACCUCAAAUCUAAGGUGGACAAGAAACGCUCUUGCUUUCAGAAAUACGUUGAUUUCAUUGACGAACAGAAGGAGCAUGUGAGCAAUGUUCAGAAGCAGUGUUCAGAUGAUAUCAACAAGGCAUUUGAAGAAUCAGUCUGGCAGUUGACAAAGAAGAAAGAAAUCCUCAUCGGUGAAGUCAAGGAAAGGACCGAAGGAGUAGAGAAAGAACUCGACGAAAUAAAGAAAUCGGCUAUGGAGCACAUUACUCAUUUGACCACCAUAGCUGACGUGGUAACCAAUAGGACAAAGAUACCGUCAGAUAUGGAUGCUUUAGCUGCACACGACACUCUAUGUCAAAACUUACAAGAUGCAUUGCAACAGGAAGAUCCUGACUACAAGCAGCCGAGGCAAUCAAGCAAGAAAGGAAGAAAUGUCAGUUUGAAGAGAAACCUUGGAAAAAACGAGCUAGGUCUUGGUGAGAUCGUGAAUGCAGUUGCAAAGAACACCGCUUUGCCUACUAAAAAUAGCUUGAGCGCCAUGGUUAGUACACCAGACGGUAGAAUGGCAGUGGGCUGUUGGACAGGUGGCGUAGAGAUAUUCUCUACUGAUGGUCAACACCAGCAGGAACUGUUCAAGGAUGUUAGGAUUCGUGGAGUAGGGUUCCUUUCUGAUGAUCGGUAUGUUAUACUUGAUUACUCAAACAAUAUCACACUGUACACACCAGACUACACAAAGUUGAAUGUAAUGUUUGAGACUCUGAUUUGCGAUGAAGGUAGAAAUGCUAAGCUCACUGUAGACAGUGGUGAUCAGAUCUAUGUUAGCUACAGGAAAGCCAAGAAGAUCCAGGUAUUCUCACCAGCAGGUGGGAAGGCGAUCAAGGAGUUACCAUGUGAUGGGUAUAUACCUGUGCAGAUUACUAGUUAUAAUGAUUACCUGAUCACUGCAUCGUGGAAUACGAUACGAUUGAUUGACAAACAAGGUGUUUUAAAGUGUGAAUUAAAGAAAUUGGGUUAUUACCUAAGCGCUGCCGUGUCUCAAGAGAAUACAAUCCUCAUAGCAACCUUGAAAUACAAUGUAGGUUUGGUCAGCAUUGGCGAGUACACUAACAAGUUGAAGCAUGUCCAGAACCUCGUCAAUAAUUACAAGAUUGAGAAGGCCCAGAAACGGUGGCACUAUCUCGAGCAGUACAGAUCAGGAGAGAUCGCAUUUUGUACUCGUGAUAAACUGUACAUAUUCCACUAA